AGUGGUCCAAUUUAUAAACUUGUUACCACAAACCUGGGAGGAGAGAGAAGGUUUGCAGCUGCUGUUGCUAAGCGGUUGCAAUCAUUAGGUACAGUACAACAUACAUGUAUUUAUAUUUGUGGAUAGACACCUCACCUGUUUUUGUAUUUCUUCACCUUAAAACACUCUGGUUAAAAUGCUUGUUAGACUUCCUGGUUAACCUAUUAAUAACCCUACCUUAUUUGGGUCCUGGUCAAAUUAUAUAACUAGGUAAAAGGUUAAAAUAACCAGCAAUAUUAAAUUAACCCAGAUAGUGUUAUUUCUAGUGUUACAAUAUAAGUUUUUUCCGACUAUGCAGGUGCUCUUACCAAGGGAGAUCGUCGGGCUGCAACAGGGGCAGAUCUUUCUCAAUUCAACUUUGACACACCUUAUGGAAGAAACGCCUUGAGACAGAUGUAUUCCGCAAUUUGUGAGGUGUGUGUAUACCGCUGUAUUUACUUGUUAUGUAACACAUUGUCUUGUACAACACGAUUCAUGUUGAUGAAAACGUUCGUAUUCUUAAUAUGUGUAAGACAUUGGUGAGAAAAAUGAGUUAAAAGUUUAUGUAAAUCAUCAGGAAUUUGUAUGGACUCUAGAAUACUGUAUACGGUACAAACUCCCACACGGUAAUGAUUUCCUCGUGUUGUAUUCUCUUCACGAAUUAAUGAGAAUUACAAUUAUUUCUUGUAAGUAGAUUUGUAUUUCAAGACCAUAAUAUUGGACGAAACCCAGGGUCUAUCUCAUAUUACAAAAGGAAACAAAGAAUUUCUACAGGCAGGGAUGGAUUCACUGAGGGGACAACCCCCUUAGACUUGGCAAAAAGGGGCCAAUUUCAUUAUCAAAUCCAUUUUUUUUCAAUUUUGAAAGGCAAUAUCCUGUCACCAUUACCACAAUACUGCACCUGAACCCUUUCAGGGGCAAUGUUUGGCCUAUUCUACAGAACAAUGCUGUGCAUAGCUCCAAAUAAUUAUGAACUCCCAGCCCGAAUCGUGACUAUUUGUUGAUGGGCCUUACCCUACCAAGAUUCGCUGGAUCCAUUCCUACUUUCUUUCCCUACCCUUUUAAAGAUUUGUAAUUGGUCAGUUACAAUAUGUAAUGGUAAUAAUGUACAAUGUUACAUAUAUUUAUUUUAAAAUAGUAGAACUAAAUCUCGUUUUUUCCUGGUUUUUCAGAGUCGUCUUUUUCCAGGCGUUGCUUUGUCUGCAGUUCUUACUUUAGCCAAUGCAAGUAAAGAAUACGACCUUGAUGAAUUUAUCCAAAUUAUGCAGGUUUGUGUAAUAUGUUUAAUUUACACCCUGUCACCCGAUAUGUAGCAAGUACAGUACUUCAAUGUUGUGAAGGUCCUUCACGGAUAUUAGUAGCGUGGAGUCGGGAAAACACUUGUGCUUUUAUAGUGCAAAAACAAAAGCAGUCACAUGAAAAACACACGACUUGGAGACCACAGAAUAUAGCCGAAUCAACAGUCAACAGCUAUAUAAUCUUAACUUCGUUCUUUAAUUUCUUGUGAAUUACCUGAUAAUGGCUAUAUAUCAUCUAUAAUUGUACGCCCCAAUUAUUCUACAGUAUAGAUAAAAUUUCCAAAGUCAAUAUAUUGCGUAACGUGCCAAAAUUCUCACCCCUGCUCUAGAACUGUUUGAUGUCGAUAGGUGUACUUAUUGAUGCGAGUAUGGUAGCAUCAGGAGUCAAGGACAAGGAAGCUGGGGAUGUGAGCAGAUUUUUAAACAGAAUACUUGGUUUGAGUGUCGAGAAACAAAACUUGGUAAUGUAAUCAAAGUAUUCACAUUACGAUGAAUCAAUUAGCAAAUUUAAAAGUAAAUGAACAACACUUUUCUUUUUGCAGAUUUUCAAUUAUUUUUGUGAAUGUUUGCAUGCUGUGAUAGAAGCUGCUAAACGGGAGGGCAAGUAAGCUAUAACCCUCCAUUUUGUUUACUAUUUUAUUCUUUAGCAUAUUUGGAACUACUGUAUGAAUUACUAUAUAUUGCACUCUAUAAGGUAUUGAUAAAGAAGGUGCUGCACCAUUUAUCAUGAUUGGUUCAGAUUCUGUUUUUAAAACUUUUUCAUAGAUGAUUGUCCCAAACAUAAUGUAACGGUUUUCCAUAUGCAUUAAAAUUAAUGUUCUUAUACAGUACUAUACUUUCACUAUACUUUUUUAUACCCCUUGUUAAAGUAUUCUGCUAGUUUAUCUUCCAUAUUCGAAAGUAUUCUUGUGGGUUGCCAUACACGGGCCUGAUGUACCUACAUGUAUACAUACAAGUAUAUGAACAGGUUUUUAUGAUUGCGUGGUUGAUGAAGAAUGAAUUUUUUAUAGAGUCAUGCACAACCACUGAUCACUUUUAUCACAGAGAAGAGAUAUACAGAGAGGAAACACGCGGCAAAUUGUGUCACGCCGAUAUAUUCAGUCUAUUAACUAUAGAAAAUUAUAUUAAUUCACUAUUUUAUUAAAUUUUGACCAUGCAGAGGAAAAAAACUAUACAUAUUAUAGAAGUAUUCAUGUUUUUUUAUGCAAGAGUUAUAUUUUGAGGAAUUUAUAUCAUGAAAAAAACUAUACAUAUUAUAGAAGUAUUCAUGUUUUUUUAUGCAAGAGUUAUAUUUUGAGGAAUUUAUAUCAUGAAAAAAACUAUACAUAUUAUAGAAGUAUUCAUGUUUUUUAUACACGAGCAUCUGAAAUUCCCAGCCAGUGCUUUUCGCGAUUUUAAUAAGGAGUAGAUAGGGAAAAAAACAAACUUUUGCAAAAUAAAAUGUUAUGUUAACACUUUUAAUAAAAGGAAAUCAAUAAAAGUGAUCGCUUACCAUUAUUCUACAAUAAUUUAUUGAACAAAACUUCCAUGGGUAUCUCAUUUUUAAAAAAAAAAACAUUUUCACCUUUCGAACGGCGUUUUCCCUAUCUUUUGCUAUGAAAUUUCAGCGACGGCACUGGCUGGAAGAUUUUGUGUGGCGCGUGGAACGCGUGACACAAACAUUGAGGUUAUCGAGUGUCAGUUUCCUCUCUGUAUAUCUCUUCUCUGUGCUUUUAUUGUUAAAAGGCUACCAUAAAACGGGCCGUAGGUUCGAUUCCUGCCAGAGGGCGUAUAUAUCCGUUUUAAAAUUUAUGUUUUUCAAAUUAAUCUAUUUGCAGGGAUUGGUCACCUUUUUUCUAUUUUAUAGAUAUAAUCAAGGUGUGACCGACAUCCAGGCUACCUCGAUAAAAAUCAUUGGUGAACCUCAAGAAGUCUUUACGGAAAUACGACGUGGAACAGUAGGAACUAAGUACGUACAGUACUGUAUAUAUGCAUAGCAAAAUUUUUUCAAUGUCAAACGACCGGUAUCUUUGCCCAAAUUCUUUCUGAUAAUGUAGGCCGUGGUGGUAAAGUAGGCCUUUGCAGAAUGUUAAAAAUACAGGGUGUAUAAAAAAACUACACAGUUCUAAAAUGUCCACUAAACUGAAAAUGUAAAAAAUAUGAAUUCAAAUUGCGUUUUUAAACCUUACAUUUUCGUGCGCAUGUCAUUUUUAAAGUGGUUUUGGAAAACAGCCCUGCUGCACUCAGAAAUUUACUUUUCAGAAUAAUUUACUGAUAGAGAUAUCAGAAGACCCCAAAUUGUGACUAGAUAUCUGUGGAUGACGAUAUCUGUUGUCUAUGUUGUCAAUUUUUGUACUAUGCAUGUCACGUCACAACAGGGGUCACGCAAUAUUUUUAUCAGGACAACCACUAAUCAUUUUGCACUCAAAACUAUACUUUGUCUGCACUUCGAAAUAUCAAGAUCACUCAAAACCUUUAAAACAUCUACCAAUCAAUAUUUGGUCAGCAACGAAUACUUUUAUAUGGUUAAUCCCUGUUGUGACGUCACCAAAACUACCGUUAAUGAGAUCAAAAAUGUAUCCAAGAUGGCGGACAUCUCAUUACUUCAAGUGAAAAUAUUUCAAGAACUAAGCAAGAUAUGAAAAAUCGGUAAAAGAAGUUAAUAUAUAGUUUCAAAAGUUAUUUCAAAUGAGAAAAUGAAACUUUAUAUUGCCAUUUCCCUUUAACAUUGUAAAUUUGCCGAGAUCAAGACGACUUUUUAAGGAUACUGUAAGUAUCAAAAGUUGCGUUAAAUUUGUCUCUGAAAUAAUUACUUUUUUCCAUUGUUUUCUGUCAUGUUUAAUUUAACAAUUCCAUUCUAAUUCAAUUGAAGUCAAAUCACGUGUUAAAUGGUUUCUGAAUAUUGUAAUCGGAACUCGACUGGCAAUAAGCUACUGUAAUAAUGAUAUUAGUAAGAUAUACUUGGAAUCAUGCACACAAGUAUGUGUAGUACGUUUGUUUCUGAGUCGACCUAGACUUCAUUUGAACAUCGCACGUUAGUAUUUUAAAAGAAUCUUUACCAGUGAUUGUAUCAACACCUCGCUCUCUCAACACUAACAGGGCAAUUUUAUUUUUUCUUUGUUUCAAUAGGCACGUUAAGCUUUUAACUGAUCGUGGUGUUUCAUGGGAAAUGGCGUUAAAUCGCAAAGAACAGUCAAAAGGAAAGAUGGACGGAUUUUAUUGUUCAAAAAAGGAACAGAAAGGAAUACGACUUUAUCUUUUAGCAAUUCAGAAGGAAUCUUCCACCCAUUUAUUUACUAUAACAAGGUAAGUUAUAAACGCUCUGCAAACCAUUUCGAUGUGAUCUGAUUAAUCAACAGCUCCCGCGUUCUUUUUAUUAUUAUGCCCCCUUUCUAUUUUUGUCCUUGCAUGGGUAGUUGUAGGAAAAUUCAAUAUAUUAAGAAACGUUUGUGGCUUAAAGAGGGCCCUUAUGUGCUGAAAUCCGGUCUCACUGAUAUUGCUAAUCCGUUCCUGACUUCAGUUGAUCCUAAGGUUUUUGUUGCUUCAUGUUUCUAGACCAAAUACAGGAAUCUCGCCAUUUGAAGAGGAGAAAAGUAAUCUACUCAACAAGUAUAUUUGCAUUCCUAGUAAAGAUGCAGGUACUUAUUCUUGAUUGUUUUCGACUCGCUGGCAGCAUGCAGUCAGCAUUUGCGCUGCCAUCGUGAAAAACGUUUAAUAUAUAAGUGUUUAUGUUCAUUAACUUUGGCUUCAACGUCCGUAUCUACCUCCAAGCUCUUGUUCUAUUCUAUUCUAUCAAUAAGCUUAUUUCGCGUGUGUGAAUAGUGCCACAGAGGAACAUAGGAAGUACAUACAGAGAUCUCACUUCAGGUUAAUUUCGCGUAAGGGAUUUUUCAGUCCGCCAUGUUCUUAGCAAGUGCCCUAAAGAGAGGCAGUCACCCCCCUGAAAACAUAUUGAAAAUUUAAUAUUUCAGGGGGGUGAAUGCCUCUCUUUAGGGCACUUGCUAAGAACAUGGCCGCCAGCUAUUUCGGUAAAAAAGCGCCUUACGGUUUUGUAAUGGAAGUUACACUUCUGUAUGUCUUUAUUCUGUGAUAGUGCUUUUACUUUGGCUCGAUCAAACACUUGCAGAUGUUGUAUUGACAUUGGACCACUGAUCCGAAACUAUCACUGGAUAGUGCAUUCGCUAUGCCUAAAUGAAGUAAAUGGCGGCCUUAUUGGUGUGGCCACCACAAAUCUACUGUCGGUGGUGUUGGUGAUAUAGUAGAAGAGGUUCUUGCAGUUUCUGCUUAUCCGUGGGAAAGGAUAAACAUUGUCUGAAUAGAAAUGUGUCAACAAUGGCCUCAUUUCCCUUUGAAAUUUGGCCGUAAAUAACUAAUGAGGUCACACCAUGCAAGAUGACUGCCACGUCUCAUCAACAUGAUCUCUUCUCAAAAUUAAGGCUAUGUCUUAAUUGUAAAACUUUUGAAAAUUAAGGAUAUGGCUUAAUUUUGGAAUUCUCCAAAAAAAAGUCUUAAUUUGAACGCUUUUUACAAUUAAGACAUAGCCUUAAUUUUCGGAAGAGAUCGAGCUGGUCUCAUCUAGUCGUCAGAAGAGAUGUGGAAGCUACUGUACAUUUGCUUGAUAAUGUAGCUGAUUCAAACACGUGUCGCGAUCCGAUUUGCAGAGAUUUUGGCAGACGUUAAAAUCUCAUCUCAUCAUAAAUAUUCUGGCUUCAAAAUCGGCUGAUUGAAUUCAAAAGGAUACUCACGCAGUCCUAGUUUUCGAUUCAGUGCACUGGACCAAUUAUAUAGGAUCGCCCUUACUGGUCUGAAUCUUUAGGGAGAGUAAUUUAGAACUGGUGGAGCUCUCAAGUAUAUAGAUAAAGUUAGUUUAGUUUACAGUAGUACGUUUAUUUACCUGCCUGAAAAUAACCUUUCGUGGUAACUGUUGGUGCAUGUAGGUGUCGAUAUAACUUAAACCAAUGUGUAAAACGUCGCUGUUUCUCCAAUGAUACCACGAUAGAAGAUCUUUUAUUAAUGACUGAAUAUUAUUUUCCUAAUGUAGAGGCUGGUUGGAAAGUGCAGUAUGAACGAACGUUAGAUCGCUGUAUUCAUGGGAUCGGUUGUAAACGGAGCAAGACGUGUAGAGGUUGGUUUAAUUCGUUCACGUAUUAUACUUUUCAGUAUGGUGUAACUUGACGUCAUUGACUGCUUGCUGUCAGGGCAAAAUAACCGUAAAAAUUUCUUGUCACGAAUGAAAUUGUUUGGCCACACGUAAGUAUCGGAAAUGAACAAUGUAUGUUCGUUUUGCAGCGAACUUUGUUAUUUUAUAUUUUGAAAAUUGUUGAGCAAACUGCAUAUUGGACCCAUAGAAAUAAUAGAUAUCUAUUAUUUCUUGAUGACGUUUCCUUGCGGUACGUGGUUACAACUACCAGAAUGCUUUGCAAGGAUUUGCUAUCUUUUUCUAAUAAAAUUCUCGCCAGGCAUUCUGGUAGUAGUUACCUUGGGUUUAGAGGUUUUCUGGUGCCAGGUGGGUUUUAGGAGGCGUGCUUGCCAAUGUUAUAUUGCUGUACUUGGAAGAGGAAAAUGUAAUAUUUUCUCUGGGAAGAUUUCGAUUGAACUGGCGCACCGGGUGUCUAUUUUGGAGACAAUGUAUCUCGAAACUAUUGAUGACAAUCGGCAGACCCGUCUAUUCUAAGCAGUUUCAAGUUGCAAGUUCAAAAUACAAGCAGCAGUCGAGUACAUAUUUUAACACUUGUGAAAUAAGUAAUGAUAGUUAUUGAAUUAGUACUUUUAAGUUUGAUACUGAACUUUAUCUGUAUUGGAAUUUACAUUAUGUGUAUUUAUAUAAAUUUAUAAUAUACUGUAUGUAACCCAAAUACCUUGCCUCGCAUCUGAUGCGAAUACCGCAAGAAAACGUCAUGCAUGCAUAUGGUCUAGAAUGCAGUUUGGUGAUUACAAAUGAUGUCCUCCAUGACGAGGACGCAUAAAGAUCACGUGCCACUCCCCUUAUUGUAUGAUUGUACUGUAGCCCAUGUGUAUUCAAAACUUUAUUUUACAGUAUUAACUCGCUAUCUUUUUCCUUUUCAGUUGGCUGUCGCACAACAGAAAUUCAUCUUCUUUGUGGUGGAAUUAUCCCGCUGCUGUCAUUGUUAGAAACAACUGUUGCUCGAAGGGCAAACUCGCUUGAAUUGAGGUAAGCUUUGUCAUGUUUUUUUAAUGUUCAAUGUUGUACAUUGUUACCUAUUUUCGCAGUUGUUCCGGUAAGCUCGUGUUGGAGAGGUUGAUUUUAAAACAAUUUGUUCAAUUACUCUCUGUAGACCACAAUGCAUUGCGAUUUGAAGAUGCUGUCGUUGUUGAUAAAAAUCCAAUCUAUAUAUAAAUAUUUUGUUCAAAUUAUUUUGUACUUUGGCAACCUCGUAAUCAGCACCUCCAAUUUUCCUACCUCAUGUAGUACGCUUUGGAGGUCAGAAUCUGCUUUUUUUCUGAUGACUUCCAAGAUAUACAUUCGUAUGUUCUGAUUUUUACAGCAAAGAACUUCGUUCAUUGCGUGUGGUGCGUGUUGAAUUGGACAAUGGUCACCACUUGGUUGGUUUACGUUAUCCAGAACCUUUGAUUACUGAAGUGUCGGAGUUAAUCAGACAGCAAAAACUGAAUGCAUAUGCGGUUUGUAUAUAUUUUUUAGUUCCAAAACGUUUGGAAACUACUAUACAACUAUAUA